ACUCUAACCAUAAGUUGCGCUUGUUUUGAAAGGCAGCACCGCUUUCUUUCUCGUGAGACUUGGCAACACUGAACUGAGGCGCUACAGCGCUCGCUGGGCACGUAUUUUUCAAGGUAUUUAGGUGCAAUUCUAAAGGCUUCCAUUCAUCUAGUUUUUGUUUGUUUGUUUGUUUGUUUUUUGUCGGGUGUGUUUCUGUUGCCCAAGUGACUCGCCCAGAAUGAACAUUACAUAACUACAUUCAAACAAUGUGCUUGGAAUACCGUGUUGUACAUUACCAAAGGGGAAGGAAUUCAACAGCUUGAAAGCCACGGUGCAUUAAUUGGGGUAGACGAGGUACUUUUGGAUAUAUGAUUGUGGUCUAACGAUAGUUUAAAAAGUUAUCCCGUAACUUUUCUAGAGAAUAACAACCAAACGCAACAAACAAAAACCCGAUGAACUGGAAAUCCGAUUGCUCCGCCUUCGUGAUGGAGGCCUGUGGUUAGUCAUUUGAUUUUAGGCGUGUAUCGGCGUUGUUCAGAGGUUACUGUAGCAGUACACAGUUGAAAUUUCAAGUUUUAUAGAAUUACGUGUUUUACUCAUGGAAGCAUAAAAUAUCAACGAACGCAACAACACACAUGUAUAUCCUAUUUACACUCUUAGCAAGCGUGGCCAUUUUGCCUCUGCUUCUGUGUUCAUUCUGUCCUUGCUUUGUGCCAGAUGUGUUGUACAUUGUAAAAUGCAUUGGACGUGGAAUUCGGAUAAGGAGCUAUGCAAAGAAAAAGCCGUUCUAUUCGACUUUAGAAAAGUUUUUGGAAGCGGUGCAGAAGCAGCCGGACAAACCUUUUAUAGUGUUUGAAAACAAAACCUAUUCUUACCUGGACGCGGAUAAACAAAGCAAUAAAGUUGCCAGCGCUUUACAGAAGCACGCUGGCUUGAAAGAAGGAGACACCGUUGCAAUGUUUUUAGGGAAUGAACCAGAUUUCAUUUGGAUCUGGCUGGCUCUGGCUAAAUUAGGAUGUGCUGCUGCAUUGCUGAAUUACAACAUCAGAUCAAAAUCAUUGCUGCAUUGCUUUUCCUGCUGCGGGGCUCAAGCGCUAAUCGCUGCACCAGAGCUGAAAGGUGCUGUUGAAGACGUGCUGGCGUCUCUCCAAGAGCAGAACGUGUCUGUUUUCAUCCUGAGUGAAGAGUCCACCACACCGGGGAUUGAAAGCCUUAAUGACAAGAUUCAUCAGGCUUCUGACAAGCCACUACCCCAGUCUCUGCGGUCCAAUGUUACCAUCAAAAGUACUGCAGUAUACAUCUACACCUCUGGCACCACAGGACUCCCGAAGGCUGCAGUGAUCACUCAAGAGCGGCUGUGGGCAGGAGCUUCAUUCCUCAGAAUCAAUGCUGUUCUCUCGCAGGAUGUGGUCUACAUUAAUUUGCCCCUGUACCACAGCGCUGGCUUCAUGAUUGGAUUAAUGGGCUCAAUCGAUAUGGGUAUAACCGUUGUUUUACGGCGCAAGUUUUCAGCCUCUCAGUUUUGGGAUGACUGUCGGAAGCACAAUGUAACAGUUAUACAGUACAUCGGGGAGGUGCUGCGCUAUCUCUGCAACGUUCCGAAGCAAGACAGUGAUCGGGAUCACAAGGUUCGGAUCGCUAUAGGCAACGGUGUCAGAGUAGAGGUUUGGAAAGAGUUUUUGAAUCGCUUUGGAGAUAUCCAAGUCUGUGAAUUUUAUGCCGCAACAGAGGGGAACAUUGGCUUCCUCAACUACGUAGGAAAAAUCGGUGCUGUCGGACGUGCUAAUUAUUUCCACAAGAAACUCUUCCCCUACGCGCUGAUUCAAUACGACACCGAGAGAGAAGAGCCUGUUCGGGACUCCCGAGGUCUUUGUGUACCGGCUCCCAAAGGUGAGACAGGCCUUCUGGUAACAAAGAUCACCAAAGUGGCUCCUUUCAUCGGAUACGCAGGAAACCCGCAGCAAACUGAUAAGAAGAAGCUGAGAGACGUCUUUGAGAAAGGAGACCUCUACUUCAACAGCGGGGACCUCCUGAAGAUUGACCACGACAACUUUGUGUACUUUCAAGACAGGAUUGGAGACACAUUCAGGUGGAAAGGGGAGAACGUGGCCACCACAGAAGUUGCUGACAUUCUAACCAUGAUAGAUUGCAUUGAAGAAGCUAAUGUGUAUGGUGUUACAGUACCAGAUCACGAAGGACGAAUAGGAAUGGCUGCUGUGAAGCUAGUGGAGGCUAAGCAACUUGAGUGUGACCAGAUCUACAACCAUGCUGCCAGCUAUCUGCCCAGUUAUGCAAGACCGCGUUUUCUUAGAAUUCAGAAUUCCUUGGAGAUCACUGGAACAUUCAAACAGAUGAAAGUCAAAUUAGCAGAAGAGGGUUUCGACCCAGCUGUAGUCCAGGAUCCACUCUACUUUCUGGAUGAAAAUGAAAAGACAUAUGUACCGAUGACCCAGGAAAUGUACAAUGUCAUCAUUUCAAAACACGUCAAGCUAUAAAAAUGACUACUUCCAAGAAUACAUAGCUAAUUUUACUAAUUCAAAUGUGAGUAUCUAGGUAAUUAAUCGAAAAAAAUACUAAAACAAAAGGAAAUUCACCUCGGGGAAAUAAAAAGUGGUUUACAUUUUCUUUGCAGUAAAGAGUUGACAGAACCCAUCAGAAGUCUUGGUAGCGGGUUGAUGUUGGUUUGGUUGAUAUGUGCAGUUUAUUAUUUUUAUAGCAACUCUACAGAGUAUUUCUCACUCCCCCCAUUUUCAACAUGUCAUCCAUGUUCCGCAUCUUCGAUUUAGUUUUAAACAGACAAUAUAUUUCCCCACCAAAAAAAAAAAAAAAAAAAAAAACGCCCAUCGCAAUUCUUGUACUGCUAAAACUGCUUUUUUAAUUUCUGUUUUUGGAUUCUGAUCAGAAGUUUAAGGAUGUAUUUUAUCGAGGUUGGAGAGUGAGAACGAGCAGUACAGAGGAAAUCAAUCUGAGAAUAAACAAGUGUGAUAAAGGUUUGGAGCUCAUUGUUUACCAUGCCAUGUGUAGUUGGGUUGGUAAGGUGUGGGAAUGUACUGGCAGUGUAUUACCUUGGUAUAGGAGCUAGUCGAGAAUAUACAAUAUACUGUGUUUUUAUGUAUAGCUAGUCACUUAUUGGACAUACCCUUGGUUUACCAAAUUCCAGAUUUUUAAAAAUGUUUUUAAAAAAGGAAAAUAAAAAUACAAUCAACGUAUAUAUAUAAAAAAGAUUGUGAAACAGAAUAGCUGGAUACUUAAAAGGGGACCAAGCCUACCUGACUAAAAUUCAUUUUGACAAAUGCAAGAUCAAAUGACAAGUAUUUAACAGCAUCCGUCCUUUACAAGGUAGAGCAGUACUUGUAAAUCUAGAAAAUGAUUUCCAUGGUUUAAUGUUUUUAAAUACUUCAGAAAUGAUGAGCCAAGUUUCUUAAUUUUACAUUGAAAUCUUUUUAACUUGUCGUAAUUUAGUUUUCAGUCUAUUAAACUAACACUUUAUUCUACUUUAUUUGGGACGUGCGGAUAUUUCAAAUACAACAUUAUAGGGGUAGAUGUACUGAAGUGUUGCGUCUGUCCCAUUCGUUGCAAACCAGCCGGAAGUGUAGCGUGAAAUGUACUAAACAAACGCAACGCUGUUGGCAUGUUUUAACAAAUGCUUUGCAGCCGUAGUUAUUUGCGCUUUAGCCUUAAAUUAAUAUGUAAUUCUGGGCGUUACUGCAGAAAUUUUCAAAAAGGGGGUGGAGAUAUAUGUAACAGUAUUAAUAUAGGUAAAAUGAAGACAGAACAGAAUGCAUUGUACAGAUGUUGUUUACAUUUAACCCUUGCAUAUAUAUACGUUAUCCUUCAGGCACCCUCUGCUGCAGCAAACCACAACUCAACUGCCGUUAUUUUAUUUUUAAAAAUGUUGCACAACUCUUGCUAUAGAUCUCGCUAAGAUGACGCAAUUAAUAUUUAAAUUAGUAUAGCGCGGCUCUCUUCAUUAACCUAUUGUUUCUUUGUACAUACGACAAAAUGUGCACUUUGUUGUAACGAAAAUGCAAAUUGCGGUAUGUUUGCGCUGCGACGAGCCCAUCUUCGUACAUCUACCCCUCAGUGUUAUAGUUGUAACUUGGGAAGCAUUUGCAUAUACGCACCCGAUCUGCUGUGAGAUCAGGUUGCAACCAAUGGCUGAUAAUGACCUGCUGGUAGGCUCAGUAGGUAUCUACUGCCUCAUUAAAAUCAGACUGAUAAAUACUGAUAACAUCCAUUCAAUGGUUAAUAACAUACCGAUCGGCUGCAACACAUGCAGGUAGCUACUAGUUUUCAGGUACCUGAAAAACAGGCUGCCUGCAUACGUGCUGUAACAGAAUCCUGCUUGUAUAAUAUGCAUAUAUUUAACCCAAUAAUUAACACUGGAGAAAUACCUUGGUACUUGGAUAACCUUUUGGGUAAUUUCAAUUUAGAAAACUAAAUAACCAAUUGUUAUUAUCUUCUAAGGAUCUCUCACCUUUAGGCUUUAAGAUGAGAUAUAGUGACAUGCAGGGUGGUAGCCUUAGUGUGUGGGCAGACCAGAAGCAUUACUGCACCUGCCAUAAUCCACAGGGAUUUAAAAAAAUAAUACAUAUAAUAGGUAACACGCAAUUGUGUGUAAAUGGACGAUUUUAAUAUGUUAUGUAUAGACAUUUAUAUUUUAAGUCAAAUAAAUAAUCAUUCAAUCAGUCAAUCCUUUUUUAUAUAGCGCCUUUCAUAGUGGACCACCAUCACAAAGCACUUUACAAGAUAGUGAGGAACAAUGCAUAAUCCAUUAAAUACCCCCAUGAAGGGAGCCUAAGUAUGCCAUAAAACCUCUAAGAUUGUUCUUUUUAGUAUUUGUUAAGAAAUGUAUGUCACUAACUUCAAUGUCUGUUUACUAUGAUGAUUUUUUUUUUUUUUUUAAUGGUCAUAGAACCCUAUGAUCUGUAUAGGUUAUCAAACUAUUAAUUCACAGUGCACAACAGGUAGAAUGGUAUGUGUUUGUUUAUAUUUGUGGUCUUUAUAUGUGGUUAAUUGUUUAUUUUGAUAUAUUAAACCUGUACCAUGUC